CAACAGGUGACGAGGUAAGUUUAUUUUUUUUUUAAAUCAAACAAUUGCCUUAAUUACAAUUUGUAUUUUAAUAAAUAUAAUUAUUGUGGUAAAUUGAGGCUGAUGAUUGAUUUAAAACCGAGUUCAAAUAACAUAUCAUUUUUACAAAUUUGUAAGUUUUCAAAAAAAUAAAUAAGUAUAAUACGAGUGAAUGAAAUUUGAAGGGUAAUGUGAUUAUAAUAAUAUACCUAGUUAAUGUGACUAAAAUAUAUUUUUAAUGCGAUUAACAAAAAAUUUAACAUAUUAGUUUUAAGUAAAAUAAUUGCAGGUACACCACCCUAACUGUAUAUUAAUAUGACAUACUCUUAUUCAUAAUUAAAAUGGUUCUUUUUUUCCUUGCCAAUCCAAUUCACAUUAUAGAUUCGAUUAAAAAUGAAUUUAAAAAAUAGGUGUCUACAAAAAAAAAAAAUUAAAGUUACAAUUAUUAUUAUUAUUAUUAAUUAAUAUCUCAUUAAUUUUGUUUAGUUUUAUUUUUUUGUUGCAAAAAUAUAAUUAAAAGAUCUCUUUUAUACUUUUGGCAUAUUUAAAAUAAAAAAAACUUUUAAAUAUUUAAUUUACGUACAUUUAUAGGCUAUAGUAUUUCACAUUGUGGUAUAACUAUCAAGUUUGACAUUUUUGAAUAUAAUCGUUUCGUACUUAAUAUUGUUAAAUAAAAAGACCCAAAAAGAUUCAUCCGAUUUCAAUGGGUAUAAAUCUUAAACCCGUAAUUUUUGAUGAACGAACCAUAAACCAUCUUAAAGGGGGGAUCUUCAAGUUGUUUAGCUGUUAGUAGGUGCGCUGAGGUGGACCUGAGCAGAGUAAUGCUGUGAUCAGUUUUCAAAAUACCGACUGAGUAAUAAAAAGUAUUUUGCCGCAUUUUAUCUUUGGCCGUCCCAUUCUCUGGACCUUAUAGUUGGUGGUUUUUUUUUUUUGUUUGAGAGUACAUAAAAGAUACUAUUUAUAUUCCUCCCCUCCUGAGAGAUCCUGAUGAACUGAAAAAUCGCAUUACAGACGUCAUCAACUCGAUUGCAGUCAAAAAAUGUAUGAAGAAUUCGACUUUCACUUAAAUGUGUACCGUGCAAGUGGAAUCACAUGGCCAAUUUGUAAACAAUGUAACAAAAAUUCAAUGUAAUUGCUAUAACUGAAAUAACUUCUUGUAUUUGCUAUUGUUCAAAUAUUAUAAUAAAUAGAGUUUUUGAAAUUGGAUAAAUCUUUUUGAGACGUCUUGUAAAUUAUUAUGUUUAAAUAUUGAAAAAUUGUAUUUAUUUACUUAACCAUCAGUCACUCAUCAGCUUUGUAGGUACCUAACAGUCGUUUACAACACAAACAUCUGUAUUGGUAAACUGUAAUGUAAUAUUUAUUUUGAUUUUUAUAUAGGUACAGAUUAAACAAACGGUUUUCACAAUCACAAAUUCAAAUUCCGGGAUAUAGUUUCGGCUGAAAAUUUAUGCUGGAAAAUAUUUGAAUACCAACGGUUGGGUACUUAUAUCUGUCUAAAUUCUACGAUGGUUUAUUUAUCAUUAUCGGACAUUAAUGCUACAGGUCGGCCAAAAAGUUAGUAUACACACGAACCUUAUCAACCACAUAUUAUUUAGUGGCGCGUAUCGUUCAAUUUAUAAUAUAAUAUAUUUAAUAUUAUGGAUUAUCUUCAUAGUUCGUGGAGAUUGAUCAAUCCGAAACACCAUAGCUAUAUCACACGAUAACGUAAUAAUGUUACAUUAAGAGUAGAUAUGACUAUAUUUUUGUAGUCUCCACCGCGCCAUAUUGUUUAUAUUGGCAUAUUGUAUAUAACGAUAUUUUAUAGUACCUAUAAAAAAACUAUAAUAAAACUCUAUUUUUUUUUUUUUUUGAACAUUAAGUACAACUUCUUAUGAACUUCCCGUCAAAUAAUUUUUAAACAUUUCUGUUUAGUCUAACAUUUUUAACCACAAAGUACUUACAGAAUACAAAUUAUUAAAAACUCACAAAAUUAAAAUGUAUACAUAGCUCAACAAUUUUUUGAAAAUAUUUUGAAGCCUAGAAAAGGUCACUUUAAAUUGCUUAUCCAAAUUUCAAAUCUCUACCUAUAUUUUUAACUGAAUUACAAUAAAAGAACAAAAUUGAAAAAUUGUAAUAGUAUUUAACUGAAUGUAUCGUUAUUUUCUUGAUAUUUUUGUGGAAAAACUAAAUUUGCGAUGAGCAAGUUCUAAACAUUAUUUUAAAAUUUUAUCUACUUUGUACUUUAAGGUGGUCAUUUUUUGAUUUUCCAAUCGGUUUUCAUAAUAAUUGAAAAACCCGGCAAGAAACGUAGGGAAAUAUUUAUGUCAUAACGAUUUCAUAAUUUUAUAAUUUUUUAACUUGUUUUUUUUUCCUAGAAAACUUUAACUAAAAAUGACAAGCAAUCACUGUUGUUGACAUUUAUCAAUCUAGUUGGUGAACAAGAAAGUCGUUUUUUUGAUUUUCCGUGUAGUUUUAUUUAAUAAUUGAAUAAUACAAAUAAAAACGUAGAAAGAAUGGUAAAAUUUACGAAAAUAUAGUUUUUAUUUUUUUUUAAUUUUGAUUUUUUGUUGUAAUUUAGUUUAAAAUAUCCGUCAAAAUCGGAAAUUUGGAUAGAAAACUUUUUUAGACGUGAUAAAAUGUUCAAAAUAUUUGAGCCAUUUUUUAACCAUUUAAAAACAUAUUAAUUUGGUUAUUAUUUUACGUAAUUUUUAUUUGCUAGGUACUCUUUGAAUAAAAUUGUUAAACCAAUUAGAAAUGCUUGCAAAAUUUAACAGGAGGUCCAUUAAGGUUCAUGCAAGUCGUUUUCUGUGUUCUGAAAAAUAAUUGAGUGUUAUGUAGAAUUGUUUUUUAUAAGAAUCUGAAUAUCAAAGUUUGACGAAAAUCGGAAAUAUUACCGCAGUUCAAUACGUGUAUAACAGAACUCCGCUCAGAAUCGUUUUUCAUUAGUAUUGAUAAAUCGUUGCUUACAGAUACACAUUAAAUUCCUCUCUAUAUCUUUCUUUCUCAACUUCUCAUCUACAAUAGUGGCCACUCAUCGUGCGAAGUAUGUCCGUCUUUUUUAUUAUGUGUGCCAUAUUAUGUAUAUUAUUAUUUUUACAACAGGGUUUUUCUCCUUCUACACCAUACUGUCCGUAUAAUUGCUUAAACCGGACGGUAGCCAUUUAAUUAAAGGCCUAUGUGCCUUAUCAUAUACUUUUUAUUAUGAUAACUGCUGAAUUUCAUUAUUUUUACUAUUGUUACCGUGGUCACCGUUCCUUAAUUGUUAGCAAUAUUACACAAGUAUAAUAUGUAUCACAAUUUCAAAGUGGGAGGUAAGGUUCUCUAUUAUCCAUAUUUAUAAUAUGUGCGUAAUAUUUUCAAUUAGUAUUACUAACAAAUAUGGUUUUGGUUAUCGCAGUAUCAAUGGUAAGAAGACAUAGGUAUUAGAACAUACAGUUAUUACAAUAUUAUGAGGCGAUAGGCUCAUCGUCUUGAAUUAAAUGGCUUCUGUAUUACCUUUACCAAACCUAGGUUUUGCUAUCAAAAUAAGAGCUUCCCAACAGCAAAGGUUUUUGGCAUCCACCAAUAGUAAUACAGUAUUACUAUCGUGAAUAUAUGACCGUGUUAAUAGAAUAUUUAUUUUUUUGAUAUCAAUAAUUAUCAUAUCAAAUCUUUGUAAUUUGAAAAUUUGAAAAACGUUCUCCCCAUUCCAAAUUCUAAAAAUUGUUUGGACUAAAUAUUUCAUGUGUAAUUAGAGUGAAUUAGUGUGACUGGUUUGGACAUUUACGUGGCAUCCAAAAAAGUUUAAAGUUGAAAAUAACGUAGGAGUGGCUGUAGACACGUUUCUAUAGCCGCCCCUCAUGUAAAUAUUGAAUUUGAUGGAUUUUUUUCCCUUAAAUAAUUAGAAUGCAAUUAGAGUGAAAUUGCGUGACUUAUUUGGAAAAUGUACAUACAAAGCCCUUAGUACCAGGCGCACUUCCUAUUUUAAGAAAUGAUGUUUCGGCAGAAUAAUUUUUGAACAUACCUAUUGCAUUUUGAUAAGACUUUAAAUGAAUAUUAAUUUGUUAAAAUGUAAGAAAAAUUUUAUUUGUAUACUAUUUUAUUAUUAAAUUUUAUAGAUAGUGUUUAAAUUUAGGUCAAUCAUAUUAAAAACUUUUAAACUUAAUUAGUGGAAAUUAAAAAUUAAAAUAUACUAUGGUAGGUAUUAUCAAUCAUAUUAAAAACUUUUAAACUUAAUUAGUGGAAAUUAAAAAUUAAAAUAUACUAUGGUAGGUAUUUUUCUAUACAUCUAUAUACAAACCAAGAUAUACAAUUAGAUACAAAACAAAAUUGAUUUAAAAAAAAAAAAAAAUACAUAAUUAACGUUAUACAAUAUUUGUUACUAUAAAGAAAAUUUAAAGGUUUACAUGGAUAUUUCGCAUCACAUUAAAAAAUUUUAAACCUAAAUCGUGUGAAUUUAAAAUUCACAUGAUACCAGCUUUUAUUUUUUAGUGGUCCCUGACACAAAGUGUUACCUACUAAAUACUAAUAAACCAGGCUACUGGCCAGGUAUUAAGUAGUAUCUAAACACUAUUCAAAUUUUUAAAAAAUAAUAUUUUCUAUGAUAACAAUAAUAAAUUGUUAUUAAAUUAAUAACUUUUAUUUUAUUAUUAUAACAAUUAAUAAAUUGUGUAUUAUUAAAUGACGGGGUGUUUUAAUUGUUCUGAAGUUAUGUUAUACUAAAUGUGAAUUUGAAAAUACCUAUGAAGGUAUGAAGGCGUUUUUCAGGAAACCUGUUUAAGCAAAACAGCUGAUAAGAACUCAAAUAUAUUUAUUAAUUUUUAAAUGAUAUAUCCCACAUUAAAAUAAAUAUUUUAUUUAAAGUUUUUAGAUUUACAUCAGACAUAAGUAUAUUUUCUUAGUUUUAUAAAAUAAUAAUAGAUUGUUAGUAAUAAUAAUGUGCAAUUUGAUAGAUAAAAAAGAAUUAUUACUACAAAAAAAAAAAGUUGAUAUUGUACUAAAAAUUACAAUCAUAUGGAAGCGGCAAGUGCUGUAAAGGGAGGUGUGGGAGGUUUUGCCCCCCACGGCUUUGUAUCAUAUCAUUAAAAAAUGUGUAGAACGAAUUAUUAUGAAAAAUAGGGGCUGUAUGAUACUAUAGUAUUUUUCUUAAAUGGUUCCUAUAAGAUUUUUUUUCUAGAUCAUUAUAUAAUUUCCAAUUAGGUAUUUGUUCUUUUUGCAUGAGCUGUGUAGUGUCCUAUUGAAGUUCUCAAUCCACUUUUUCUUCUGUACAAAUUUAUUGCACCCACCGUGGAGUGGUAUACCAUAUGUACCUAGUGUUUCCAUAAAUAAGUAUUUGUGAAAUGUCAAUAUUAACUGUGAAAUGUUAACUUGAACAAUCUUUACAAGUUGUAGGUUCAUACUAGACUUGUAUGAUAAUUGUAGUAUAGUUCUAUCAUAAUUUAAUCCUAAAUACAAAAUAUGUAAAUAUAAUAAUAAUUAUCUUAAAAAUGUUCGUUACAGAAAAACAACUGAAAAAAAGAUUGCAUUCGAUGUUAACAGUGAUAACAACAUGUUUCAUAAUAAGGAAUGAAAUAAAUCUAAAACUGAUAAUUUUCAUCCAUAGAAUAAUGCUUUAACGUAACGGCUUUACCCCGUGUUCCCCUAUACACUUUUUCUUUGCGUAAAUGUUGUAUUACAAAAUGUACAAUUAAUACUAAUACCUACUCCACAUUUAGUAAUAUAUUAUACCUACAGUAAUAUCACAGAAUACUGAAUACUACAUUAAGCCAAAAUCUAAAAAGUAACAUGAUAUAAUGAAUUCAAAGUUGGGGUUUUAUAGCACUUGUGCGAAGCCAAUAAAUAACAAUCCAAAAGAUUUUGAUUAGGUUUUUUUUUUAAAUAGUUUUAGUAAUAGUAGGUAGUCAAAUUUGUAGGAUUCUAUUAUCACAGCCGUGAUAGUUACUGUAUAACUAUUGGUGGAUGCCGAAAACUUUUGCUGCUGGGAAGCUCUCGUCAACUAAAGGGUUCAACCAAAAGUGUUAUUGUGAUAUGGAAGUAAGCAAUCUAGUUUAUCAUCUUAUUAUUGAAUUACUUAUCAGUGAUUGUCAUAAAACAAUAUUGUAUUAACAUAAAAGCGUCACCAGCAAGGUUAGGUCCACCUUGGUUACCAGCUACUCUUAUCACUAUCAUAUUUUCUAAUCAUUAUUCUGAGUGUUACUUUUUCUCAAUAAUUAAUUAAUUAUUCUUAGUAUUUAUUAUUAUAUUUUUUUAAAUAUUAAUGAGAGUUUUUAUUGAUGUUGGUUGUCAAGCUAUCGGUUCUAAAUAGCAGUUACGUUAAAAAAUAUUCAUUCAUUGUGAAUUCAUUUGUGUAUUAUAAUAUCGUUCGCGUUGCCAAAUCACUGAAGGAUUUUUCAAAAAUAAUAUUUAUUAGCUAGUCAAAGUACUAUGUACAAUACGUUGCUCAUAUACCUCGCGUAACCUUCUGUUUCUCAAGCAUGGACUCGGUGUGUGUAAAUAAGAGUGGACUCGAUCAAUCUAUCGAUUGGGUGCCGUUAACUUUGACAUUUGUUGAAUAUCCCAAGGGUAAGUAAUAGUAACGGUAAAGGAUAGUAAUGUCGACUUAAAUUAUUCAAUGAGCUCAAAUGAUAAAAACAACAAAAACAAAAACUUUUUAUAUCCAAAUAUCUUACUUUUGUACUUUGUACAUACAUUGUAUAUUUUUGUCCCGAUUUUUAUUUACCUACAAAAUUAAAAAUCCAAUUAUCCUUCUACAUAAAUAACUAGUAGGUAGCAAGAUAUUUUUAUUUUACCAGUUUUAACUUUCUUUAGCCUUAUUCUGAUGCUUUUGAACACGGAAAAAAGUUAAAAUGCUUCAUAGGAUUCAGAGUCUACACAGGUUUAAAUUCUACAAAUACUCUUUGUAGGAAUACUCACUAGAGUACCUAAGCUAUUUUAAAAACUUUAUUGUUGAUGGUAAAUUGAUCACUAUAUAAUUUUAUGACAUUAAACAUUUUGUAACUGUUAAAAAAAUGUAUAAUACUAGUUACUUACCAGAUUAUGUAACAGUGUUACGGGCGCAACAACAAAUAUUGAAACAUUUUUUAAUUUUUUUUUUUUGGAAAAUGUAUUAUCUUAUUUUAAAUGUAUCAACAAUUAUUUUUAUAGGAAAUGUAUUUGGUAAACUAUUGGCUCUAUUUAGUUUGACACCAUUCAUGAUUCUGUCUGGUUUUAUUACAUUAAUACUUUUCCGUCGAGAUUUACAUACUGUAAGUAAGCAUUUAUUUAAUUAUGACUUAUUACAAAUUAUCUAUUUAUUUGUUUUACUUUUCAGAUAACUUUUUUCAUUGGUAUCUUGCUCAAUGAGAUAUGCAACUCAGUUCUUAAACAUGUACUACGCGAACCGAGACCAUUAGCUAGAAAUACAAAUUUAUUGUACUCUGAAUAUGGCAUGCCAUCAUCUCAUUCACAAUUUAUGUGGUUUUUUGCGUCCUAUAUGUUAUACUUUACAUUUAUUAGGUAGUUUUUUUUGCACCAUCAUUUUAGAUUCUGAACUAAGUUAGGAAUAUUUUGAUUUUACUAUUGAUAAUUCUUAAAAUCAAUUAAUCAUUAAUGCUAAUAUAAUUAAUGGUUAUACCAAGUGUUUUUUUUUUUAUUUAAACAAGUUUUCUAUCAGAAAUCUUAAAAAGUGGUUUCUAAUAGCAAAUUGUGUCUAGUUUGCACAUUGGGAAGGUUUUUUUUGGAUUUUUCUAAAAUAAUUUAGAACUUUUCAAUUUUGUUUUUUCUAUAAAUAGGGUUAAAAUAUAUAUUUUCUCAAUUCUGUGUAGGUACACCUAGAAAAGUAUUUAAAGAAAAAUAUGUAUACAAUUUGAUUUAUAUUUUUGUUUAGAUUACAGUAUGCUAACAGUAAGGCGUUUAAAGAGUUUUUCUGGAAAGUCGCAGGAGCAGUAUCAUGUAUUAUUAUGGCUUGUAUAGUUUCUUAUAGCAGGUAUUAUAAAUAUAAGAUAUUAGUUUAUUAUUUGUUAGAUUUAUAUUGAGUUUUAAUUUAUUUUUAUUACGUCCAAGAGAGUAUAUUGUGCAGUCACAAAUAUUUAAUAAUAUUUUACUGUGAAAUUUAUUAAAAAUUUAAAUUGAUAUAUAUAAAAUUUGAAUGUAUAUGUUAUGAUUAAAGUUUGAAUACCAAUGCAAGGAUUUCUCGGCAAAUCCUAGGUUUCACUGACUGCUUGCUGUCAGUUAAUGUCUGAAUUUGGGCAUUUAUCAAUUGAUUUUGGUAAAACCUAAGAUAUUCAAAAUAGUUUGGUCAAACCUGAAUGAUUUUUGAAGUUUGUAUUAUCUUAGGAUAACAAUUUGUCUCACUAAUAGUCCAAAAUUUCAUUUGUUUUUGUUUAGCAAUUGUGUGAUAUUUUAUACUAGUACAAAAGUUUAUAUUAGGGUGGUCCUUACUUUUGAACUUCAAUAAUUUUGUGUCACCUGCUCAACAUUUUUUUAAGUACAUUGUAAAAAUAAUUUAGGUAUAUUUUGCGUUAAGAUUUUACGAAACCCCUUCAUGUGCUUCAAAAAGAUUUAAGUUUAAAAAAAAGGUAUAUUUUUUGGUUUUUAACAUUUAUUUAUUAAAUUUUUAAUGUACAAAAAAAUGAUUAGGAACUUUAUUAUUGUCAAACAAAUUUCCUGCAAAAACUGUUUUUAUAAUUUCUGUGAAAUUUACUGUUUUAUUAAAAAAACCUGAUUUAAAAACUGGUGGUUUAUAAAUUUUACAUAAAUCUUAAUUUUUACUAUUCUUUAUUAUACUUAUUAUGUAUUAUUGAAAAUAAGAACUUAUAUAAUAUUUAUUAAGUAUAAUUACUUUAUACAAUUAUUCUUUAAAAUGUUAUGGCUAAACCAUGAAAAUUGUCUGAACUGUUCUUGAACAAUCUAAACAAAUUUAAUUUAUUUAGAUAUAAUAUAAACUUUACAUUAUUACAAAAAUUUAAAUUAUUGUUACAUAUCAAUACAGUUAAUGUUUAAAUUACUAUUAUAUAUUGAUAUAAAGGUUUAAAUUUUAAAAUUUACUAUAUAUGUAUAUUAUUAUUAAUAUCUUAAUACUAAUUUUAAAUUAGUAUUAAAUUAUAUUAGGUGUAUAUUUAAAUUAUAGAAAUAUUUAUUUAUUUGUGCAAAUUUGACUACUGUGAUAUCUCGUGUUGCACAGUAAAACGAAUAUUGUAUAUAAAUAUUUCUAAUAGACUUGGAAAUCAAUUUUCUAAAUCAAUCUACAAUAACUUUUGUUAUUGUAACCGCUUCAACUCAUCCAUAUUCUUCCCCUAUAAAAUACACAACAUCCCUAUUAAAGCAUCAGGUGAAUCUAUCCACAACUUAGGAUUUACUCUAACCCUGACCUCUCCCCAAAUAAGCACAUACACAAUAAGCUGAGCCUCCUAAGUUUAGCAGACCGUAUACAAAUAAAUAACUUUUCCUUCUUUUAAAAUCUCCUUAUUGGCAAAAUAGAUUCACCCAGUUCUUCUCACUCUUGUCAAUUUUAAAGUCCUCCUUCCAUGUUUCAUUUUAUAUUUCUCACUAUUUUACUAGUUUCCUUCAAAACUCCUAUCUAAACUAUCUAAUGAGAACUGCAAUCAAUGGCCCAUCCUUUCAAUUAUAAGACACAAAAAAAAAGAAAUUGUAAUAGUCAUAGAAAUAACAAUAGUAAUAGAGUUAAAUAUUAAGUUAUCAUUAACAAUCCACAGGUUUAUUAUAAGUAAAAUAUAUGUUAGAUGUUAGAAAACUCAAUAUAAACUGAAUUUUUCCCAUAUUUUAUAGUAAAUAAAUAAAUAAAUCUACUAUUAAUAUUGUUCUAUAUUUUAAAUUGAUAAAUUGUUUGUUCAUAAGUAUGAAAAACUUUUAUGACAUACUUAUAUUACAGUCAAAAUUUAAAUCAAUUGAAGCAAAAAUUGUCACACAGUUAGUAAAUAAAAAUAAAUGGAAUUUCGGACUUAUAAUAUUUUAUACAUAGUUGCUCAUUAUUUUUAAAUUUAAACAUUUAUUUUAUUAUUAUUUUAGUUUUCUACAUUAUUAUCAUAUUAAUUAAAUUAAUAAUAUUAUUUUUUUUAGGAUAUUUCUUCAAUACCAUACAUGGAAACAAGUAUUAUUUGGAGCAUUGUUUGGUAUUAUUAUAGGAACAAUUUGGUUUGCCUUAACUAAUAUGGUAUUGACUCCAUAUUUCUCAACAAUAAUAUCUUGGUAUGUUUAGUUAAAAAUAUGUUAGCUAUUUUAUGAUUUUGCUUCU